AUGGGCUCGACACAAUUUGGCAAUUUCAACGACUUUUGUCGGGAUUCCACCCUUCCAGUCUGCAACCUCUUUGUCUCAAACAAUCAACCCCCAAACAAAGCUUAUGGCGGAUGCGUGCUCAAGGGCAUCGAGCUCAGCGGAGAUCGAUAUCUUAGCAAUCUGGGCUCAAUUCUGCUGGCAUUUAUUUCCAUCCUGACCGCACUCUUCCUGCUAUUGAGGUCAGACCGCAAACGAGCUGCCGUCGGAAGAAGAGAAAUGCAAAUCUUCUUGUUCGGCUUCAUCAUCAUCGAGAUCUGCGAGAUAUUUUCAGUGGGUGGAUUCCCUCUAAACGGCGCGGUCCGAAAGGGUUUCUCAGCGGUUCAUAUCGCUGCCAUCGCUGCGACAUGCUGGAUCCUUCUAUUGAAUGCUUUGGUGGGCUUCCAAUUUCUUGACGAUGGCACCCCCGCUUCCAUUGGCUUGAUCAUCGCCUCCGGCCUUGUCCUCUUCAUCGGCACGGGAUACAUUGCCUUGGAUACGGCUUUUGACUGGACGGGCGAAUUCGCAACUACCUCAGCAAACCACUACCGCAACAUCGCCCUUUAUGUGCUGUACCAGCUCUUCCCGCUCGUCUGUCUCGUCUUGUUCUAUGUAUUCGAGGUUAUCCUGGUGGUGCGAAUUCUUGGCGAGUUCCGGCCAUUGAUCUACCUGACAGCCGCUGCACUCUUAUUCGCCAUUGGCCAGAUCUUCGAAUACGUGAUUAGCGUUCACCUGUGCGAAGCAUCCAGCGGGAAAAUCAAUGGUGCGCUCUUCGAGACUCUGUUCACGUUACUGGCAGUAGUCACCGUCUGGUUCUUCUGGAGCAGCAUUACGGAGGAUGACUGGCCUAUGCCAAUGUCAACCCCCGGAGGCUAUCAUUAA